AUGUCACUAGUACCAAACGGUAAAAGAAUCUGUUCUGUAUGUAAUAAAGAUAAAAUCACGUAUGAAUGUAAAGGAUGUUCAAUUGAUUUUUGUUAUAAUCAUUUAACAGAACAUCGUCAAAAAUUCACCGAAGAUUUAAUCAAAGUUGAAAAUGAUCGUGAUCAAUUUCAAGAAAAUUUUGUUCAACAAAAAGAAAAUAUACUCAACCAUGUGGUAAUUCAGCAAAUUACUAAAUGGGAGAACGAUUCAAUUAGAAAAAUCAAAGGAACCGCUGAACAAUGUAGACAAAUAUUUAUUGAACAGGCAACUUACUGUUAUAAUCAAAUCGAAAUUAAAUCAAAUAAGCUACAUACUGAAAUUAUUGACAUUCGAGAUGAAGAUGAAUUUAAUGAAGUUCUUUUACUACAACUAAGAGUUGAAUUAAAUAAGCUUAUUGAUGAACUCGCUCAAUCACCAAAUAUUAAAGUUCAUCAAGACUCAUCACCAUAUAUUAAUAAAAUUUUUAUGACUGCACCAUCUGGCAGUGAAAUUUCUCUUGGUACCCAACGAAGAAUAUCUACAAAUGGGAGUUUAAAUGCUAAAUAUAUACAAAAUGGAAUUCCCAUAGCUGGAGGAAAUGGAGAAGGACAAAGAUUAAAUCAGCUUGCUCGGCCUGAAGGAAUUUUUGUCGAUGAUGAUCUUACGGUUUAUAUUGCUGAUUCUAUAAAUAGUCGAAUUUUAAAAUGGAAACACGGAGAAAAAAAUGGUCAAAUUGUUGCAGGUGGAAAUGGGAAAGGUAAUAGAACUGAUCAAUUGAAUGGACCAACAUCUGUAAUUUUGGAUAAAAAAACUAAUUCGCUUAUUAUUUCUGAUUUGGGAAAUAGAAGAAUCAUACGAUGGCCAUGCCAAAACAGUUCAAGUGGAGAAGUUAUCAUCUCCGAUAUAAAAUGUUGCAGUUUAGCAAUGGAUAAUAAUGGAAAUCUCUAUGCUGCUGAUUGGAAAAAACAUGAAGUGAAACGUUGGAAUAUAGGUGAUAAAGAUGGAGUCAUUGUUGCAGGUGGAAAUGGAUUAGGAAAUAAUCUUAAUCAACUGAAUUGUCCAAAUCAUAUAUUCAUUGAUAAUGAUUAUUCUGUUUAUGUAUCGGAUUAUGCAAAUCAUCGUGUAGUACAAUGGGCCAAAGAUGCAAAAGAAGGUAUUAUUGUUGCCGGUCAUAGAGGACAAGGAAAUAGUCCAUCGCAAUUAUCUCGCCCUCAUGGAAUUACUGUCGAUCAAAUCGGUCAAAUUUAUGUCGCAGAUGGUGAUAAUCAUCGAGUGAUGCGUUGGAGUAGAGGAGAUACACAAGGAAUUAUUGUUGUUGGUGGAAAAGGACUAGGUGAACAAUUAUUUCAGUUAAAUACUCCAAUUGGUUUGGCAUUGGAUCAACAAGGUCAUCUGUAUGUUGCUGAUUCAGAAAAUCAUCGAAUACUAAAAUAUCAACUCGUUAUACGAUAA